GUCGGUCGGUGUCGCUCGGUGGCUCCGCGUUGUUCUGACGUUCCGUAUGCGAGGUGUCGCGGGCCGUUCGUUCUCCAAUUGGCGUCAUUUAACGGCAGACCGACAGGGGAUCGUUCGCUCGCGGGACGUGCGAGUAUGGGCCGCUACAGAAGUCGUAGCCGUGACAGGGACAGGCGGCGCAGGUCACGCAGCCGUUCGCGGAGCAGAUCACCGCGCGACCGGCGGAGCUGGGGCGGCAGCGGAGGACGCGACAGGCCGUCCAGCAGCCGCAACAGUCGCGGCCAGCCGGGCGCGAAUCUGAGGAAGCCGCGGUGGGACCUCAGCCGGCUGGAACCCUUCAAGAAGGACUUUUAUAUUCCCCACGACGCGGUGCAGAAUCGGGAUCUACGUGUCGUAGAGCAAUACAGGGUCAAGAAGGAGAUCACUCUUAGAGGCAAGGGUAUCCCGAAUCCCGUCUUCGACUUCGACGAGGCGGGCUUCCCGGACUACGUCCUAAGAGAGAUCAAAAGACAAGGUUUCAGCGAACCCACGUCGAUACAAGCGCAAGGGUGGCCUAUCGCGUUGAGCGGACGGGACAUGGUGGGCAUCGCGUCCACGGGGUCUGGGAAAACGUUAUCUUACAUACUGCCUGCGAUAGUGCACAUCAACAGCCAGCCGAAAUUGAGUCGCAAAGACGGACCUAUUGCGCUGGUCCUCGCGCCCACGCGAGAGCUCGCCCAACAGAUUCAGCAGGUCGCCGAUGACUUCGGCCACUCGUCCGGCAUCAGGAACACCUGCCUGUACGGCGGCGCGCCGAAGGGCGCUCAGGCCAGGGAUCUGGACGGCGGUGUAGAAAUAGUCAUCGCCACGCCCGGUAGAUUACUGGACUUUCUCGAGUCCGGCAAGACGAAUCUGAAAAGAUGUACAUACUUGGUGUUAGACGAGGCCGACAGGAUGCUGGACAUGGGAUUUGAGCCGCAAAUCAGAAAGAUCAUAGAACAAAUCAGACCGGACAGGCAGACGCUGAUGUGGUCAGCGACGUGGCCUAAGGAAGUAAAAAAUUUAGCCGAGGAUUUUCUUAAAGAUUACGCUCAAAUCAAUGUUGGUUCUUUGCAACUUUCAGCAAAUCAUAAUAUAUUGCAGAUAAUUGAUGUGUGUCAGGAGUAUGAGAAAGAGACUAAAUUAAGUACGCUAUUGAAGGAGAUAAUGGCGGAAAGUGAGAAUAAAACUAUAGUGUUUAUCGAGACCAAGCGCAGAGUGGACGAGAUAACGAGGAAAAUGAAGCGCGAUGGCUGGCCGGCGGUUUGCAUUCACGGCGACAAGACGCAACAAGAACGGGAUUGGGUUUUACAAGAUUUCAGAACAGGCAAGGCACCAAUCCUUGUUGCUACAGACGUCGCUGCGCGCGGUCUUGACGUUGAAGACGUCAAGUUUGUCAUCAAUUUUGACUACCCCUCCUGCUCCGAGGAUUACGUCCAUCGUAUCGGUCGUACCGGCCGCCGACAGAAGACCGGCACGGCGUACACCUUCUUCACGCCUAACAACGCCAACAAGGCUAACGAUCUGAUACAGGUGCUGGAAGAAGCGAAACAGGUGAUAAAUCCGAAACUGCUGGAGCUCGCCGACAGUAAAGCUGGCGGCUAUGGCAGGAACAGAGGUGGAAGAAACCGAUGGCGAUCGCGAGGCGGAGGCGGUGGCGGCGGCGGCGGCGGUGGCGGAAUUGGCGGUGGAAGCCGUAACGGAAAAGAUCGCAGCUACUCGCGAAGCAGAAGUCGAAGCUACAGCAGAGAACGCAACGGCCGCGGCAGUAGACGAAGUUACAGCCGCAGCUACUCGCGAAGUCGUAGCCCCGUCAGCAAUCGUAACGAAGUUAUCGGCAAGAGUUAUUGGAGUAGCGAGAGAUGAUCUUCCAGCGGGUAAAGAAUGCGUGUGUUGCAACGCAGGUAAUUUGUUCUAUUUUUUUUACCUCCUACGGUACGAGCGGUGGAAAAAAAAUGAACUGUUUCAACGACACAUUCGCUAUUCGCGAGAGACGACAUCCUUUGCACCGAGCUCGACGGGCCGCGCGCUGCUAUUACAGAUCAAAUUUCUUGUGUGCAGCGGCUUUUAGUCUGCACGCAACGCGCACCGCGUGUACCCCGUCGAAUUCGGCAACCAGAUUUCUCGACCGCGGUACGAUUGAUAGUUUGCUGGCCGUAUUUACGCGAAUUUUUAACGUCAGCUGUUUUACAUAAGACAAACCCUUGGUCCGGGUGCGCAUGCAAUACCGACGCGUAUUUGAGCGGAGAUUUACCGUGUACUUGCUAGUGAUGAAAUGUGCUGUCCUGUCUUUUACUUCCUUUCGCAUCCCUGUGCUGCAUCUGAUUACUUCCCUUUCAAGCAUUAUCAAUAUUGUAUACACCGGUCUAUAUAGAUUAGAUAAUGCAAAUCCAUUACGACGCAAGCUACCGUUUAUACGUUUUUACAAUGCUAACCCUCGCAUCUCACCACGACGUGAGAAGACUAGGCCGACGUGAGCGAAUAAUGUGUAAAUUUCAUCAUACGAGCUAAACUUCCACAUAACGGUGUUUACUUAGUAUGUAUUUGUAGUUUAUAAUAAAUUAUAGAUGUCUGAGCGCGCGCGCUUAUAUUUGUAAUUCAUCCGUCUGUAUUUAGGCAAUUACGACAAACGAUAGUAACACUCGAUGUACAGUAUUUCAAUGACGUGAUAAAUAAAUUCGUAAAUAUCUACGCUAUCUCGUAUUCUAUCUUGCGUGCACGCUUUUGUGGCACUCGCUCGACUUUCCCGACGACUCGCGCCGCAUCGGCGAACAUUUACCUGUAACGAUAUCUGUAAAUCAUACGCACCUUGCGUCAUCUAGCAAACUAGUCGUUUGUAUUUAAGAAAAAUAGGUGAGAGAUUAUGGUCGUCUCGUUUGAUCGUCGCUAGAACCUUUUUCUACGGGAGAGUGACAACCAAAGUGACUCACGUGCAGGGUGUCGGUUUUUCUCGCCUGUUCUGUUUAAUUUAAUUUUUAUCUUAAUUACAGUGGUAGUGUGUGUACUUAAAGAUCUUACGGUAAUUUUAGAAUAACCGAAUUCUGUUUUCUUUUAUCCCGUCAGCUCGGUUGUUCUCCGUGCGUCAACCUCGUUUGGCUCGCUUUGCGGAUUGGCCGACACUUCACGGCCGCGUAAGGUACUCGACGACAGGAAAUGAAUAUUACCCGAAUAUAUAAGGUGUACACCGGCGAUGUAAUUGACGAUCUAACAAGUUCACGUGGGAAGAUUCCUUCUUUUUCUCUCGUUCUUUCUUUCUGUUUUUUUUUAUCGGACUAUGUGCCACGAUACAAAUUUAUUAUGUUACACAUCUUGGAAUAUCGUGCGCUUAAAUGCACUCACGAAUCACAAACAUGCAAUAUCUUUCUUACGUUCUCGAGGUGCGUUCUCGCUAGAGUCGAUUGUUCCGCCGCUUUCGCCGCGGUAGGACACAAUCUUUCAUCGAUUAUUAUGGACAACGUACAAUAUCCGCUCGUCGAUACUUAUCCGGGGCGAGCGUGGUUUUUAAGGAAUUAAAUCGAGACGGGAGAGGAGGGUUGCGAUCGACGUCGAACGAUCGCCAUCGCGAGGAGGUCCUGCGCAGCCUCGAGCGGAAACCCGGGAUCGCGCCUCCCAGCUGACCAAAAGACACAGUUUCUAGGAUAUAUUCUACCAGGCCGCAUCGCGUUCCACGCGUAAUUUUCUUGUGAUUUGGUGUAAAAAUUUACCGCGCUUGUCAACUUCAGGGUGCUGGGGGACCGUUCGAAGGGCGCGCCGCACCUCCGGUCGAGGCCGCUCGCGGAUCAACGCGAUUCCCUCGUGGGACACGCACGGAUAUUCGUAUGUGUGUGCGCACACGCGUGUAACAAGCUCCUCGCGUGAGUUGGGGUUAAAGGAGGGAUUUAUUUUUUUUUUACAGGGCUCAGCAUGCUUCGUUCACAUAUAUUACAACGUACGCAUAUAACAAUAACAUUAAAACCCUUUUAGGUGUGUCUUCGGACGUGGGAGAGAGAGCUAUGGCGCGCUUAUAAUUAUAUCCGCGAUACAACAGGAUCGUACUUUGUGUGCGUGCGAGGGUCAUAUAUUCAUGUGUAUGUUGUACAAGUUUCUUGCAUGUGUGUGAACGUGUGUGUGUGUGUGUGUGUCUGUGUCUUUGGGUAUGGUGAGACACUAUGUAUUUCUUGAUGUGCGGAUCGAUCUCGCUUGGACCGAAGUGGCUCCAAGCAAGCAAGUGACGAGUGUGAGGGUGAGAGUGAAAAUUUUACACGGUCGUCCUUAACUUCCGGUCACCGUGUACCCUCCUCAGCGUAUGCGAACGCCCCGUACUUCCGAUCCUUUACUCCGGAAUUCGUUUCUUUCCUCCGGCGUUACGACGCUGGAGCGUGCGUGCAGCAGAUUCGACGAAACCAUGGCGUUCGCGACCGCUGAGGACGGUACAUGGUCGUUAACUUCUGGUCACCAUGUACCGUCCUCAACAGACGCGACCGCCAUGCACUUCCGAUUCUGGACUCCGGAAUCCUUCUUUUUCCUCCGGCGUUACUGGAGCUGAGGAGGGUACGCGUCUGUCGGUGACACGUGCUUGCGCGUGCGUGCAGCAGAUUCGAUGAAAUCUAUAAUUAAACGUCAGUCAAUUGUCCGCAGCCGCCAAAGUAGUCGGAAGCCCCGUCUUCAAGACCAGGGAGCAGCGGCUUCUCGAAGAGGGGAAGCGAAUCGGUGGUAGACGAGACGAGACAACGCGUCUUGGAAGCAGUUCUCGCAAAUCAAACGACGCAAAUCGAGUCUAAUCUUUCAUUUUUAACACAAGCCAAGCUCAGGAAGAAAGAAGGCUCUCGGAGAAGGACGUUUCCUCCUCGCUCGUUACAACCUUAUACGGCGUUGCGAUGUGUCAGGGAGAUCUCGUGGUCUCACGCGCGAAGAUAUAAUCUCUCGAUCGUUUUCUCUCUCUCUCGUGACUCCUCGCGUGAGUAGAAACAAAGCGAAAUACCCCGGAACACGACGCGCUUGUCGUCGAAAUCGGUUCUUUUUUUUCUUCUUCUCAAGAAUGACGCGAAGGGUUUCACGCGGAUCAUCCUAUUAACGAUCCCUAGUGGAUCCCUGCGAGAGAUUUCGCAGCUAAUUAGGUCUGUUAAUUCGAACCGUGCGAUGCCGGGCAUCGGACGAGCUUCGCUAAUAUAGACGCGUGUUCAGCGCGCGGGAUACGCCAUCGAGUGGCUCGUUUAACGCACCUACGCGCGCCGCGUCUCGCUAUACGUACAGCCGACGAGGCGCAAGGACAGAUCUAUCGCCGAUCUCUACGUGUAAUUGUUUCGCAAAUACUGGCUUUGUGUCCCCUUUAAGUCUCUCGCGUAGACACACACGGAGAGACAUCCCUAAAUAUACACGGUGUCGCGCCCGGUAGCUUCGCGCGGAGAAGCCGGUAAUGCCGGGUGUCCACGCGUACUAUAUCCAAACCGCAUACACACAUACGCACGUAGACGCGAUACAGAUGGGCACCGAGUAGAACGGGCUCUACGAAAUAAUUCAACGGGAAAGUGAGAAACGAGGGUGGCCACGUGUCUACGGUUCUAUGCUGGAAUAUUUGGACGCAGCUGUGUAAUGAGAACCAAGCGCCGCUUUCAUGAUUUUUACUUACAUUGCAAAGUGACCUCGAAGGCCUGUAUAUAUUAUGCAGAUAUCCAACUUUUAACUAUUAAAAAAAACACAUGGGAUUGUAUCUGAGAAGUUUAGUUCGGGCGCUCCAUUUCAGAUAACGUCGGCGUAGACUUUUAAGAUCGCGUAACAACGUGGCGUUUUGAGGAAAAAUUGACAAAACUCCCAUAAAACUCUUCAAAAUGUUAUCCCACGAUUGCACGCGAUUUUCAGAGCGAAUUUCAAGAGAAAACGAUCUCCGUGCACCAGGCUUGGAGUUGCGGUUCUGCAUUGCAGAACUGCGUCCAUUUGAAACUCGAGCGUAAGGAAUGAAGAUUUGGUGUUCCGCGAUUAUUGCUAUAACAAUACGUUCGUGAUAACACGGUUACUGGUUCGGAUACCUUACGCAUAGACGCGCAACUGGCACCGGCGGAUCGUUCCCGAUUACUAUACAUCCGAAUCUACGCAAAUUUAUUGGCCCUCUUCUCGCGCCGGGAUCGCGCGCAGCGAGAGGGCGGAAAAUUUGAUGACGAGUCACGGGUCGAGAGAUUACAAUGUGCACUUGCUCGAUUCUGCCCGAUUUCGCCAAUGCUAAACGUUGAAUUUUCAGGAAAACGAUAAUCAAUCUCGCUCGGCACAAGGUGCAUUUUACUGCUCUACGGCGGGAGAGCAAUCUUCUCCCCGAAAGGGUCAAAGAGAAACAGAUCCGUGCGGGUGUACCUCGACUGCCGGGGAUCGUCCGAAUGAAAAAUAAUUCUCGCUCGCUAACGACUCGGUUUUCACCCCUCCGGGAUUUAGAGAGGUCUGCCUAAACGAUCCUCGGAUAAUCUUGCUUGUGAAUCGUGACGUAAAUAUAAACUCGUUUACCCUCGCAGCUUGGUAUCCUCUAUACCUUUACGGUGAUAUUUUGCGAAAUGUGCGGCGAUUCGUUAUAAAAAAACACCGCGAAUGACAUUUAUAUCUGCAUUUAGGACGAUUAAUCGCUUUCGUGAAGACGCGUUCCGUUCCUAUCGCGCUUCACGGAACCAGGAAGGCUUGUUGUGCCCGGAGGACAGAUUGGCUUUCCGCUAUCUAUAAGAGCGUGCCGUCGAAUCUCGGAGCGACGAGAUCAGUUUAUCGCGUCGACCUGAUGAAUGUAAAUCUUACGUGACUUCUUUUUUUUUUAUAGAAAGAAGAAGUGACUUAUCUGACGCCUGUCCCUACGGGUACAACACGCUGUCCUACGGAGGCGCGAGAUGCUCGCCGAUGUCGCGGGGCGGGUUGUCGAACCCGCGAGAAUCUCGCUUCUUACGCACGCGCUUAUGUUAUCGGUUUGCACGAAGUAAAAGGAAGACGCGGCGACGACGAACGGGGAAGAACUGGGGUGCGAUCGGGCAGGUCGCGCAACGACGAAACCUCAUCCCGUCGGAGCCACUAGCCGGCAUUAACUUCCCUUCGAUCGAUUCGUCAGUUUCAAAGUCGGGGGGCGCGACGUCGUCAUCCGCCCGAUCGUCCCCCCCUCGCUCUUCGUAAUCCACCACCAGAACCUUGGGGUGUGCCUUCGUCGUUGCCGGCGAAACGCCGGCCGCCAUGUUGCCUCUCGCUUAAGGGUAGCGUCUCCCGUCGUGUUUCAAAAAAUACAAUCGUCCGCACCGCUUUCUCUCUUUUUUUUUUGUGUUUUUCUCCUUUUCUCUCUCUUUGUGAGCACGUUCUGCGUGUCUUCGUCGUCUCCUCGUUCCAACCGCGAGGUCGACGGCACCGCAGCUCCUCGACUGACUUGGUCGACGGGUAGAUUUCCGGGCGCGGCGUCGCCGAUCUCUUCUGAGCAAUAUACGUGGGAGAGCCAACCCCGUGUCGCGUCGCCGGGGAGUCCCCUUCGGCACUGACGCCGUUCGGGAACGGGAACGUCCGCCACAUCGCGACAGCGGCGGUCAGGACAGAGUGGGGUUGAUUCCUGUGCCGCGUACACGCUACGUGCUGCAUACGUGCGCACACUUGCGGCACGAGAGACAUCCCCAUUCUAGCCCCACCGCCGCUAUCACAAUGUGGCAGACGUUCCCGAACGGCGUCAGUGCCUCCGGCCGAACGCCGUCCCGGGGGUAGCGGAAACAGGAAAAUACGUUGCACGCGGCGUGCGAUGCGGCCGCUUCGUCGAUACUUCGUAUCGCGAACCCGCGGUCGCCCUCGGCUCGCACCCGCGUCUAUGUCAAUCCUUAUCCGGGCUCCGGGAUAAUCUUCGCGAGAAAGGGAAACCACGCUGGACUUACCUCCCUCGUUCGUUUAUCGUUUAUCUCUAAAUUCGCCUUCGCGUUCGCCGAUUCGCGUCGAAUAAUCGCCAGCGCGAACGUCAGCUCAUUUUCUUCGCGGAAAGACGGGCUGCCCGGACGAGGAUUGAGCCUAGCGAUACCAAGACACAUUGUACGUUAUCAGUGACGGAAGAGCAGGGAGAUGCUUUUCUGAGAUUCACCGACACAAUUAAAUUACAACGACUGUGCGCGAGUCCCUUUGUCUCUCCAAUUUCACCUAUCGCGACAACCGUUUCCUCACACGUUCCAUUUAAAUUGCACGGGAUAAAUAAAAAAAUACGACAAGAUCAUUCGAACACGAGCCUCCGAGGCUCCGGUCCGCGUCGCUUGGUACCGCUAGAAUUGAUAAAUCCGCCAGCUCAUACCAACAGGCUGCUCUGUAUGCACACCCGGAAGAUCAUCGGAACACCCGGCACCUUUCUAGACAUACUAGAUAGCUUCCAAUAUUCUAUGUUUUAGGCUCGAAUGUUCCGCGACUGAUCCCUCGUGUGCAUCUCGACGCAGCCUUGAGAAGGGAUGACACGUGACACGGCGAGACAACGUCGAUCAUUCCUGAUCGAAACGAAACGAACUCUCGCGUGAUGCGCCGUUCACCCUCGUGUCGGCGCGGCCGCCCAUGUCCCAUAUGGCGAUCGAAGUGAAAGCACAUUGUCUCGGCGUGCCGCGCGUUAUCUCACCCCGUCUUACGGUAAUGUUUAUUGGAUCCGGCGAACCGUCCGACGUUAAUUUCGCAACGACGGACCGGUCCGUGGUCCGACGACGCGCAAUCUCGCGCAACGUAGAUAUAGUUAUACUUAUAAACUUUAUGGUUUUUUUUUUCUUUAAUUGUUAACAGGCCGUGGCUAUACAGGGCCCACUACGCUUUCAGUUCAGUCUGUGGCACGCGGUCUUCCGAGCGGAUCAUGAGGUACGAUGUGCAUGUAUGCUUGCCGUGUGUGUGUAUAUAUGUGUGUGUGUGUGUACGUGUACGUGUACAUUGUGUAAGAUUAGUACGCACGAUGUCAUACGUAAUCGUCCUCAUCAUUUUGACCGUCGCGAGAUGUCUACCGAACGUUGCUAACAUCCUCGUUGUCGCCUUGGAUGAUCCUCGUCCUGGAAUAUUCCUGUUUCGGGCGCGGGCAGUGGAGGAAUCUCCUCGUCCAAGUGGUCGGUCCUCGUCGAGCUAACGCGAUCUAAUUAGCGUGAUCGUCGAUGUUACGGCGUGUUGAUUUACGAUCUUGUAUAAAAUUCGCCUCGGUGUUUCCUCAAGGAUUUCUCCGACUUGACAGACCGCACUCGGCUUGGCUUCGUACACGUGUGUGAGCUCCGUAUACGCUUCUCUCCUCCUCUUC